AAGGGAUCUUGGUUCCAAAGAAGAAAGCAAGGCAGCGUCAUACAUAUACCUACCUACUUACCUCAAUCAGUCAAUCAGUCAAUCAAUCAGUAAUCACUCAAUUAAUCACCUAGUAAUUUAUGGUUGUCCCUUUCCCCCUCACAGCCUCCUCAAAUAUUUUGAACUUUCCAAAAAUCUUCAACUUCAUCUUUUUCUUGUUCUGAGAAAAAAAAAGAGAAAAUCAAAUAAUUACAUUGUCCUCCACAAAGCAAAAUAAUUUCAAGGGCCACGCGAAUCUUUUGUCUACAGUAACACGAGGUCAAAUCAGCUAAGAACCGAGCGUCCCUUCAACUACAACUUCAAACUACUCAUCCCAACACAUCAAUUCUUAAUAUCUGAGCUCCAUUGCCACCACCAUAACACAAUGUCAUCCUCGGCUUCGCUCAAGAAUGCCACGGUUCAACCUAAGUUUUAUCACUCGCCACCUUUCAGUACGGACGCUCCGGGCUACAAACCCGUACAAGGUGAGACUAUUCCAAGAAGACAUCCUUUGACAGUCAACAAGCUCGCGACUCGCCCUUCGGAAGAUGUUUCAACCGUUUUCGAUAUAAUCAAGCGAAGCUCCGAGAAGUAUGGCAAUGCCAAAGCUGUCGGGAGUCGAACAUUGAUCAAGACUCACCAAGAAGUGAAGAAGGUGAAGAAAAUGGUCGAUGGUGAACAACGAGAAAUCGAUAAGAAAUGGACAUACUUUGAACUCAGCGAGUACAAAUACUUGAGUUUCGCAGAAUAUGAGAGAUUAAUCUUACAAAUUGGGGCUGGUUACAGAAAGCUUGGGUUGAAGAAAGAGGAUCGAGUGCAUAUUUUUGCUGCAACAAGUGCUCAUUGGUUAGCAUGUGCCCAUGGCGCGGUAUCUCAAUCAAUGCCAAUUGUCACCGCAUAUGAUACGUUGGGAGAGGAAGGCCUCAAACACUCUCUGGUUGCAACCAGAGCCAAAGCUAUCUUUUUGGAUCCUCAUCUACUACCAACUUUGAUCAACCCCCUCAAGGAAGCUAAAGACAUUCAAUACGUUAUCUGGAACAGUCAGAAUGAGGUCAAGCAAGAGAACAUCGAUAACCUCAAGAAGGCACAUGAGAAGCUGAAGAUUUUGAGCUUUGAAGAGUUGCGAAAGCUUGGUGAAGAAAACCCCGUCGAACCAGUAGCUCCCGCUCCGGAAGAUUUGUGCUGCAUCAUGUAUACCUCAGGUUCUACCGGACCACCAAAGGGUGUGCCAAUUAAGCACAAAGCAGUUGUCGCAGCUGGUGAGUUUAUCCUGUUGAAUAUAAGAUACGUACUUGUACUGACUAGCGCUUGCGCUUCUUAUAGUCGCUGGUGUUAACGUAAUUGUCGAGCCAUAUCUUGGUCCUGGUGACGGCCUUUUGACGUACCUUCCCCUAGCCCAUAUUCUCGAGUUUGUCUUCGAAAAUGCUUGUUUAUACUGGGGUGGAACUAUGGGUUACGGAAACCCCAAGACCCUGUCGGAUACAUCAGUCAAAAAUUGCAAGGGAGAUAUUCGAGAGUUUAAGCCGACUGUAUUAGUUGGUGUUCCCGCUGUGUGGGAGUCGGUCAAAAAGGGUAUCGUUGCCAAAGUCAACGGUGGAAGUCCAAUCGUCAAAAAUCUGUUCUGGGGUGCACUUUGGGCCAAGAAUAACCUUUUACGUUACGGUCUUCCGGGUGCUGAGGUUUUAGAUGCUCUGGUAUUUAAGAAAGUCAAGGAUGCUACUGGUGGAAGACUAAGAAUUUGCUUGAAUGGUGGUGGACCAAUCGCCAAAGAUACUCAGCGAUUUAUUUCCAUGGCCAUUACACCGAUGAUUAACGGAUAUGGAUUAACGGAGACCACGGCUAUGGGUGCUUUGAUGGAUCCUAUGGAAUGGACUGAUGAAGCAUUAGGUGAUAUUCCUGGUUGUAUUGAAAUCAAGCUUGUAGAUUUCCCAGAUGCUGGAUAUUAUGCGACGAACAAGCCAAACCCUCAAGGAGAAAUUUGGAUCAGAGGAGAUACUGUCAUGGAAGGCUACUAUGAGAAUCCUGAAGAGACAGCAGAAGCUUUGACUGCAGAUGGAUGGUUUAAGACUGGUGAUAUUGGGGAGUGGGACAAGAACGGCCAUCUCAAUAUUAUUGACCGAAAGAAGAACUUGGUCAAAACUCAAAAUGGAGAAUACAUCGCACUCGAGAAACUCGAAUCUAUUUAUCGCUCAGCUACCGUGGUAGCGAAUAUCUGCGUUUAUGCUGAUUCACAGAGAACCAAGCCUGUUGCUUUAAUCGUUCCAGCUGAGCCUGCAUUGAAGAAACUUGCCGAAAAGGUUGGCGUCCAAGGGUCUAGUUUGGAGGAAUUGAUACACGAGAAGAAAAUUCAAGAUGCUGUUCUGAAAGAAUUACAAGCGGCUGGCAAGGCAGGUGGAUUAUCGGGAAUUGAAAUCAUUGAAGGUGUUGUCUUGUCCGAUGAAGAAUGGACUCCUCAAAGUGUCAGUAUCUCCCCUUUCUCUUCCAUGAUUGCAUGCUAACAUUAAUAGGGAUUGGUAACUUCGGCACAAAAACUGCAGCGAAAGAAGAUUUUGGAGAAGUACAAGAAGGAAGUCGAUGCUGCAUAUGCUAGAAAUAACUAGGCGCUUUUGAUCGGUUUGGCAAUGGUUUACGAGGAAUACGAGAAAAUCUGUGGUCUCGAUGUGUUUCGUUGUGGUGGUUUGCAAUUGUAUAAUAGCCUGGCAUAUGGGUAGUAUAGGCAGGCUUUGCUUAUUCUAUUUUAGAUUUCUCUAUGAAAGCGCGAUGUAUCUAAUUCUAUACAUUGAUUAUUUUGAUAUGUGAAGAUCUCCC